AUGACUCCGCCAAGCCCCUCUUCCUCGUCGCGUUAUUCGCAAGACCCUUUUGGCGGCGCGACCGCCGAUCUUCACGUCGACAUCAUCGAGCAGGAGCUUGGACGACGCUUAUUCUACACCACCCUCGCCGGCUACCGGACGCUGCAGCAGCUUGGCUCCGGUGACGUGACUAUCCAUGUGCCUCCUGAAACCCCGACUUCACGCUAUCCUCCCUUGCCCCUCGAAGUGGAUGAUGAGUAUAUCUUUUCAACACAUGUUGAUCCACAACCAUCCAAUCGGAUUUCUCUUCUGGUGGGCUUCAACGCCAACGUCCGGGUGCUGAGUUCGUAUAAUACUCUCUCCGCCUGGGAGACUGCGUUUGGGAGCGGCCAGGUCUUUGAUUGGGAACGGCAACGCUCUCUUAUGUGGGAGUGUCUGCAAAAGGCUAAAUCUGCCCUUUCUAAUGUUCCACGGGAAUUGGCGAUCCAGCUAUCCCAAGAUCCCGAAAUGGACAAUGGGCAAGGCCAAUUCGACCCUCCACCUCCUGUGGAGGACCUGCGGGCACAUAAACGCCAUAUGCAACUUCAGAUUCAAAAGGCGAACAUCUACGCAAGCCAGCUGGGCACCCGGUCAUACUUGGUAGAGAAAUAUUGGACCUUGUACGGGGCAUGGAAAUUGCAGCGGAAACAGUCCGACCAGCAAAUACCUGUCAGCCCCCGAACUACGAUUAAGGUUGAAGGUGAGCAGCCGCAGAGUCUGGACACAUCCGAUGCGGAUGCCCAAUCAGAUUAUAUUGGAAGGAUGAUGGCGGAAGAGCGUCGGCUGGUGAUCCGUGACCUAUUUAUCUUGUUGCAAUCGGUCAACGAGAGUAGUAUGGAACCCAAUGGCGGCAGCUUCACCGCUAAAAUCCGCCAAAUUGCAUCCACAUUACUCAACUUUCCGCAUCAGAACAUGAUCACGCCCUCCAUGACUGGUCCUCACCCUUUGACUUCCGCAGAAGCCGAAGCUUACCUCCGCGCAUUCAUUGAUACUCUUGUACGCCUAGAGGGGUUCAAGUCCGGUUCUAGCCAGGGCUCCAGCGGCUCCAGUCCCGAGGUGCACCGACAAUCAAUCAGCUACUUGAGCGACCAUGAUCGCGAUGAAGAAGAGCUGCGCCAAUGGGCCAGUCUGAAAGAAUACCAGGCCAAGUUUGCCGAAGCAGGGGGCAUGUUAUCCGAACUGUAA